CCCAAGAUGGCGUCGCUGCUGCAGUCGGAGCGGGUGCUGUACUUGGUGCGCGGCGAGAAGGAGAUGCGGGCGCCGCUGUCGCAGCUGUACUUCUGCCGGUACUGCAGCGAGCUCCGCUCCCUGGAGUGCGUCUCGCACGAGGUGGACUCUCACUACUGCCCCAGCUGCCUGGAAAACAUGCCUUCAGCUGAAGCCAAGCUGAAAAAGAAUAGGUGUGCGAACUGCUUUGACUGCCCCUGCUGCAUGCACACCCUUUCCACCCGGGCCACAAGCAUUCCUGCUCCACUGCCUGAUGACCCGGCCAAGACUACCAUGAAGAAAGCAUAUUACUUGGCCUGUGGGUUUUGCCGUUGGACUUCCCGGGAUGUGGGCAUGGCAGACAAGUCUGUUGCUAGUGGUGGCUGGCAGGAGCCGGAGAAUCCUCACACACAGAGGAUUAACAAACUGGUUGAGUACUACCAGCAGUUGGCUCAGAAAGAGAAGAUCGAGCGAGACCGGAAGAAGCUGGUGCGACGCCGAAACUACAUGCCCCUGGCCUUUUCGCAACACACUAUACACGUAGUGGACAAAUAUGGCUUGGGAACCAGGCUUCAACGCCAGAGGCCCGGAGCACCGAUCAGUGCCCUCGCUGGACUCUCGCUGAAAGAAGGAGAGGACCAGAAGGAGAUCAAGAUUGAGCCAGCUGAUGCAGUGGAAGAAGUGGAACCUCUUCCUGAGGAUUACUACACAAGACCAAUCAACCUGACAGAAGUGACGACUCUGCAUCAGCGUCUGCUGCAGCCUGACUUCCAGCCGAUCUGUGCUUCCCAGCUCUACCCACGUCAUAAGCACCUCCUGAUCAAACGUUCGCUGCGCUGUCGGAAAUGUGAACAUAACCUGAGCAAACCAGAAUUCAAUCCAACAUCUAUCAAAUUCAAGAUCCAGCUGGUUGCUGUUAACUAUAUCCCUGAAGUGAGAAUCAUGUCUAUUCCCAACCUGCGCUACAUGAAGGAGAGCCAAGUCCUUCUGACUCUAACCAAUCCAGUGGAGAACAUCACACAUGUCACACUGCUGGAGUGCGAGGAGGGAGACCCUGACAACAUCAACAGCACUGCCAAGGUGGCAGUUCCUCCCAAGGAGCUUAUUCUGGCUGGCAAGGAUGCUGCGGCAGAAUAUGAUGAGCUGGCAGAGCCUCAAGACUUCCAGGAUGACCCUGAUGUUAUUGCCUUCAGAAAAGCCAAUAAGGUAGGAGUUUUCAUCAAGGUCACCCCACAGAAAGAAGAGGGCGAAGUGACCGUGAGUUUCAAGAUGAAGCACGAGUUUAAAAACCUUGCUGCUCCAAUCCGGCCCAGCGAGGAAGGCGAUCAUACCUCUGAGGUCAUCUGGCUCACCCAUCAUGUGGAGCUCAGCCUCGGUCCAGUGCUCCCAUAAACGCUCCCAACGCUUGUGCCCCGACGGCUGGCUGCAGGAUGGACUGUCACAGUGAGGAAAGCACCUGGUGAAACGUUCUGCGAGAGCUCCUUUGUGAUGUGUGGGUGUGUGCCACGGGCCCCAGCCAGGCCGCGAGGAGGUGGCUGAGGGUGCCGUGGUUUGGGAUGGUUUGUUCUCUCUCCUCUUGUCGUAGUGCCCACUAACUACCGCCCUGCUUCCCCACACCGCCAUAGGCUAGUUUAACUUGCAGCACGUGUUUCAGCACAGAGAAAGAUCUCGCUUUCUCCAGAUUUGCACUACGCCUGGCUGAAUCUAGUUUUAUCAACAGAAAAGAACCCAUACUGUUUUUUUUCUUCAUGUCAGCCCACAAACCUGAUGUUACAUACUCAAUAGUGAACUAAUUCUUUUUCGCACAAAGCUGUGCCCUUCCCGAACAAACGUUUUAAGAGGUGGCCAUGUCUGCUGCGUUAUUGGCAAGUUAUUGGCAGCAGCAUGAUGCCUUCUUUACUUGUUUUUUUGCUUCCUCGUAGGAUACCUCAGCUGUGGGGGAUUGGGACGUACAACCCUACCAGUCUAGCAUAUGUAGCUUGCUUAGCCAAGGUGAUAGAUCUGUUUUCACAAAGGAAAUGAUCGGUUUGCCUUUAAACUCAAAACAUAGUGUACUGUAGUGUUGAUGGAUUUGACUGGCAACCGAGCCCAGGGUCAGCCCGCUGUGUUGCAGGUGGAUGUGGUAGCAUGAUGUGUUGCGAGCUGGGAAUUUAUGCUCUGCUACAGCCCUUGACUGAGGCAGGGAUGCUCCAGAGAGGCUGCCUGGCAGUCUUCAGAUCAAUUAAUGUGUGUUAAUAGGCGUAGCGAUCAGAGUGUGAAACUGGGGGAGUUAAGAUUGAGUCUGUUAUACAUAAAACUACAGAGGUUG